UGCUACAGUUGGAGGUUGGAUGGGAGCAUUGAUACUUGUCAUCUUGUUCGACCAUCAUUAAGCAGAGCAUCAAGAGUUGUUCCCGAACACAUCAUGGGAAACAGUGAAGAAGGGAAGGCUACCAAGUUGGAAAAAUCAUCUUCACCUGCGGUGGAUCAGAAUAACAUGCAUAUGUAUCCUGACUGGGCAGCAAUGCAGGCUUACUAUGGUCCCCGAUUUGCUGUUCCACCAUAUAUGAAUUCGGCUGUUACUUCCCCGCAUGCACCACCCUCCUAUAUGUGGGGUCCACCACAGUCGAUGAUCCCUCCUUAUGGAGCUCCAUAUGCUGCCUUCUAUGCUCAUGGAGGAGUUUACGCACAUCCCGGAGUUCCUAUGGCUGGUACUGCUAUGAACGUGGAAACACCAGCCAAGUCAUCAGGGAAUACAGAUGGAGGAUUUGUGAAGAAGUUGAAAGAAUUUGAUGGGCUUGCUAUAUCAAUAGGCAACGGAAAUGGUGAUGGUACUGAAAAUGAAACUGACCGGAGACUGUCAACGGACAGUGAUGAAACUGAUGGUUCCAGUGAUGGAAGUAACGGAGUUGCACAAGGGGCUAAUCAAAAUGGCAAGAAGAGAAAUGGACAAGGAUCUCCUGAAAGAGAAGAUGGGAAAGCUCCUAAGAAAAGCAGUUUAGCUCCUCUUGUCGAAGUUGGCCGAGCUUCUGAGAAGAUGAUGGACGUGAUUCCUCCGGCUAAUAAGCCAGUGAAAGCGAUGGAGAACAUGAACACUGCAGUGGAAAUCAAGGAACCUUCCCUGAGUGCAAUUUCCAGCCCAACUAGUGUUCCACUCCCAUCGAUUCCAAAUGAAAGCUGGAUGCAGAACGAAAGAGAGUUGAAAAGAGAGAGGAGGAAACAGUCCAACCGGGAAUCAGCAAGAAGAUCAAGACUGAGGAAGCAGGCUGAGACUGAAGAACUAGCUGUCAAAGUUCAGGCACUAACUUCUGAGAACAUGACCCUCAAAUCCGAGAUAAAUAAACUAAUGGAAAGCUCUGGGAAACUAAAGCUUGAAAAUGCUGCACUAAUGGAGAAACUAAAAGGCACUCAACUAGGACACAGAGAGGAGGUAAAUCUUCAUAAGAUUGAUGAUCUAAGACUGAAGCCAGUAGGCACAGUAAACCUACUUGCAAGAGUUAACAACUCGGACUCAUCCGAUGUUAGAAACGAGGACAGCAGCGACUCGUACGACAACAGUAGUCGUCCCGGAGCUAAACUCCAUCAGCUUCUAGACAGUAGUCCCAGGACUGACGCUGUUGCCGCCGGUUGACACUCCAAGUCAGCUUCCAUCCCUCCUUGACUUUAGUUGAUAUGGUAACUUUUCGCAUAAAUACGUCGAAAAUUACCUCUAACAACAGUAAUAGAGUGUGGUAAGUAAUGGUAAGAGUUCCGCAAGUCUAAUUUUAUUGCAACUGAUUAUCUCAGCAAAGCCUGGAAUGUGUUUUAAAUGUUCAGAUUGCUGAGAUGCUACAUAUUAGACGAUGCUUCUGCAUCGGAGACGACGAAUGUGGCGUCUGUCGUUAUUCUAGAAAAAAAAAAAGAAGAAGAAGAAGAAGAGGAAGUGUAUUUUAAAAGGGUGUGUAGCUUGUAUGAGUUUCCAAACUUUAAUUAGAUGAGAUUCUGAUAGAUAAUAGUGGAUUUGGUAUUUAGAUAUGAUUGUGAUAAUUUGAGGCCCUUCGACUGAGUCAAGGAGAUGAUGUAUAAUGUUGUUGUCAAGAAAUACAUCAUAUUUAACUACUCAAAUAUUUUUGGUGGUUUCAGUUUUA